GGAGGGUCCCCAAGUCCUGCCGUCACGCCGGGAGGGGAAGGCGAGGAUUUCGGGAUAAUCCCGACCACGCAUCCGCUUUCCGCUGGCAGGCAACGAGCCGAAACGGAGCCCCAAAAACCCCACGAAGGGGCUUCGGGGCAAGGAGGCCACGGCAAGGGGGUGCGAAGGGCUCGGCGGACCCCGCUGGGGAGCCCAUGAGUGAAGCGGAGCCCUCGGCGGAGGCUGUGGUUGAGCGGCCGCGGGGGCCAUGUCCUCGCUGCUGUCCCUCCAGGAGGAGAACCGCAUCCUGCAGCAGGAGCUGUCGCGCGUCGAGGACUUGCUGGCUCAGAGCCGGGCCGAACGCGAUGAGUUGGCCAUCAAGUACAACGCCAUCAGCGAGCGGCUGGAGCAAACCCUGCGGCUGGAGACGGGCGAGCGGGAGGCGGCGGAGAACCGGAGCUUGGCGCAGCACAACAUCGAGCUGCGGCGGCUGCUGGAGGAGGAACAGGCCGCCUACAAGCGCAAGCUGCAGGCGUACCAGGAGGGCCAGCAGCGGCAAGCCCAGCUGGUGCAGAAGCUCCAAGCCAAGGUGUUACAGUAUAAGAAGAAAUGCGGCGAAGUGGAGCAGCAGCUGCUGGAGAAGGCGACGGAGCUGGAGCAGGAGAGGCUGACGAGCCAGCUGGAUGUGAGCGGCUCGCAGCCCGAGGAGGAGAGCAGCAACGAGCUGGAGAACGCCCUGAUCCGGCUGGAAGAGGAGCAGCAGAGGAGCACCAGCCUGGUGCAGGUGAACUCGAUGCUGCGGGAGCAGCUGGAACAAGCCAACGUGGCCAACGCGGCGCUGAGCGAGGACAUCCGCAAGCUGACGGCCGACUGGACGCGGGCGCGGGACGAGCUGGAGCAGCGAGAGGCGGAGUGGAGGCGCGAGGAGGAGUCCUUCAACACCUACUUCAGCAACGAGCACAGCUGCCUCCUGACCCUCUGGAGGCAGGUGGUGGCCUUCAGGCGUCACUUCGGGGAGAUGAAAGCCACCACCGAGAGGGAUCUAUCGGAGCUGAGCCACGAGGCGUCGCGGGCGGGCAGGGCUGCCCACGCCGCCUGCCUUCACCUGGCCGCCAACCUGCGGCUGGCCGAGAGCCAGGCCGGCGCCGCGCGGGAGAAGCAGGCGAUGCGGCUGGCGCAGCUGGAGGAGCAGCUGGCGGCGCGGGCGCGCGACGCCGACCUGGAGAAAGCCGCCCUCAGCGCCAGGCUGGCGGAGCUGGCGGCGACCCUGGAGCGCCUGCGGGCUGAGGAUGCCGAGAAGGAGCGGGCGGUGGAGGCGCUGACCCUGCAGCUGCAAAACCUGGAGGCCUCGCGCGCCAAGGAGCCGUCGCCGGCAGAGGUGGAGGCCUUGCGCUCGGAGGUGGAGCUGCUCCGUCAGAGGCUGCAGGACGUCACCCAGGUGGUGCUGGCGGACGACCCCGAGCAGCCACCGCCGCCCCCGGAGUCCCCCCCGCGUGCCCCCGGGUCCCCCCGCCGCAGCCCCUCGCCCAGCGCCGCCGCCGCCGCCGUGCACGCCGCCCUGCGCCGCCGCCACCUCCAGCUCCAGGACGCCCGGGGCCAGGCGGAGGCCAGCCGGGAGGUGGCCGAAAGCCUGCGGCGGGAGCUGGGGGACAGCGAGCGGCGGCUGGAGACCCUGGAGCGGCGGCUGGAGCAGCUCAGCGCCGAGGCCGGGGGGUGCCGGCGGGCGCAGGAUGAGGCCCUGCGCGAGGUGGCCCGCCUGCGCGCCGAGGCCGAGGUCCUGCGCAGGGAGCGGCUGCGGGCGGAGGAGGCGCUGGCGGGGGAGCAGCAGCGAGCGGGCGCCCUGCAGCAGGAGCGGGCGCAGCUGCAGCGCCGGGGCGAGGGGCUGGAGGACGCCCGGGACGAGGCCGCCCGCGCCGCCGAGGCCGCCCGCCAGCAGCUGGAGCGCAGCCAGCAGCAGGUGGAGGAGCUGGAGGCGCAGCGGGCCGGGGCGCAGCGGGAGCUGCUGGAGGCGCGGGAGGCGCUGAGCCGGGCGGCGCUGGAGGCCGAGGUGGCGCGGGGCGAGCGGGAGGCGCUGGCUGAGGCGCUGAGCAAGGCGCAGGGGAGCUGCGGGGAGCUGGCGGCGGCGCGGCGGGCGGCGCAGGCGGAGGAGGCCCGGCUGCGGGACGCCCUGGCCAAGACGAGCGAGCUGGCGGCCGGGCUGGCGCGGGAGAAGACGGAGCUGAGCCGCAGCGUGGCCCGGCUGGAAGCGGAGCGGGAGAGCGGCCGCAGCCGGGCGCGGGAGCUGGGGCGGGAGCUGGCGCUGCUGCGGGGGCGGCUGGAGCGGGGGCGGCGGGCCGGGGCGGCCGAGCGGCAGGGGCUGGAGCGGGCGCGCCGGGCGGCCGAGGAGGGCUGCCGGGGGCUGCGGGCCGAGCUGCGGGGGCUGCGGGGCCAGCACCUGCGCCUGCGCCAGCACCUGGGGCAGGCGGUGCAGGAGCAGAACGCGGCGGGCGAGGCGCUGGCGCAGGCGCGGGGGGAGCAGGAGCGGCUGCGGGAGGAGCUGCUGCGGCUCAGCCGGGCCCGCGAGGGGCUGGCCAAGGAGGGGGCCAGCCUGGCCGUCCAGCUCGCUGCUGCCCAGCGCCAUGGCCAGGAUCAGGCCCAGGAGGCGGCCGGGCUCAGGUCGGAGAAAGAAGGGCUGGAGAGCAACAUCUUCCAGCUGCAGCAGCAGCUGGCCCAGCUCGACACCCGCAACCAGCAGCUGGAGGCCGAGGGCCGGACCCUGCUCCAGGCCAAGGAGGCGCUGGAGGCGGAGCUGGGUGCCGCGCGGCAGGAGCGCGAGCGGGAGCUGCAGGCCCGGCGGCAGGCGGUGGCGGCGGCCGAGGCGGCGGCGGUGGCGGUGGCCCUGCAGAGCGCCCGUGACGCGCACCGCGACGAGCUCGACCGCCUGCAGCGCGAGAAGGAGGAGCUGGAGGCUGAGCGGGGCCGGCUGGCGCGGGAGCAGGAGGAGCUGGCGGCUGAGCUGGCAGCAGCGCGGCGGCAGCGCGAGAGUGAGAAGCAGCAGGCGCUGGCGCUGCAGGAGGAGGAGAGGGCAGCGCUGGCGGAGACGCUGGAGGGGCUGCAGCGGAGCCUGGCCGAGGCCACGACCGAGCUUGAGCAGCAGCGGCGAGAGGUCACCAGCCACCAGGAGAAGGAGCAGCGCCUGGCUGCGGAGCUGCGCAGCCUGCGGGCGCAGGUGGAGGAGGCAGCAGCGACCCACGAGCGGGAGGCGAAGACUCUUCGCGACCAAGCGACAGUGGCGGCCAAGCAGCGAGACGGUGCCCUGCGGGAGGCGGAGGAGGCGCGGGCGCAGCUGCGGCUGGUGGCGGAGGCGCGGGCGGCGGGGCGGCGGGAGCUGCUGGAGGCGCAGCGGGAGGCCCGGGAGAGCCGGGAGGGCCGGGAAGCGCAGCGGCGGCAGGCGCAGGAGGCACGCCGAGCCCUGGGAGACGAGGCGAGGGAGAAGGAGGCCCUGCGGCGCUCCAACGAGGAGCUGCGGGCGGCCCUGCGGCGCGCCGAGGGCGAGCGCAUCAGCCUGAAGCGUGCCAGUGAGGAGAAGGAGCAGCAGCUGGCGCUGGUGGAGGACGGGCGGGCGGCAGCGGACCGGGAGGUGAUGGAGCUGCGGGCAACCCUGCGGGAGCUGGAGCGCGCCCGCCUCAAUGCCCGCCGCGAGCUGCAGGAGCUGCGCCGGCAGGUGAAGGACCUGGACAGCGAGAACAGCAAGAGGAGCAAGGAGGUGGGCGAGCUGCAGGCACGUGUGGCCCUGGAGGAGCAGCGGGAGGAGGAGAGCCGCCGCGAAGCCUUCAGCCUCAGGCAGAAGGUUGCAGAGAGCGAGGCCGAUGUGGAGGCCGCCAGGAAAGAGCUCCAGCAACUGCAGCGGCGACUGUUGGAGGUGGAGGGCGAAUUUCAGCAGCGGGAGAAGGACCUGGCCCGCAGCUUGGAGGAGGCUCGCGGCAACGAGAAGAAGCUGCUGGCCGAUGCCCGCAACCUGCAGCUGAAGGUGGAGGCGGCGCGGGGCGAAGCGGCCGAGCUGAGCCUGCGUCUGAGCGCGGCCGAGGGUCGGGCGCAGGGGCUGGAAGCCGAGCUGGUCCGGGGCGAGGCGCUGCGCCGCGCUGCCGAAACCCGCCUGGGCGGCAUCCAGUCUGCCCUACGCCGUACCAUGGGCAUCGGCCGGGCGCGGGCCGGCUCCCCGGGCAAGGGAGGGGGACCGGAGGCGUUGGGGAGCCCCGGCUCAUCCCCGGACCCCGAUGCAGCAGCCGAGCCCGAGGCAGUGCGGGCGGCCCUGCGGGAUUUCCUGCGCGAGCUGCAGGACACGCAGCGGGAGCGGGAGGAGCUGCGGGUGCAGGUGGGCAGCCUGGGCCGGCGGCUGGCGGAGGCAGAGGAGGAGCGGGACCACGCCAGUGCCCGGGCGCAGCAGCUCCAGAAGCUGGUGGCUGAGAGCGAGGAAGGGCGUCGCAGCGGUGGCGGGGAGCUGAGCGGCGCCCAGGCCUCGCUGCUGCUGCAGGAGGAGCUGCUGCGACGGGGCGAGCGGGAGAGGCAGGUGCUGCGGGAGAAGGUGACGGCGCUGGAACAGAGCCUGCACGCCGCCGAGGGCGAGCGCCGAGCCGCCCAGGAGAGGAUGAGCGCGGUGCGAGCCGGCGAGGCCGAGCUGGAGGACGCCAAGCGGCGGCUGGAGGUGGCGGAGAGCCGGAGCACCCGCCUGGAGCUGCAGCAGCGGGUGCUGGAGGGCGAGCUGCACCGCGCACGGCUGGCCCUGGGCGAGCGGCAAGCGGAGGCGCGGGUGAUGCAAGACCGCGCCGAGCUGCUCCAGAAACAGCUAGCGGAAAGCGAGCAGCGCGCCGGCGCUUUGCAGCUGGCGAUGGAGCGGCUGAGCGCGGCGUUGGCGGAGAGCGGCUCGAAGGAUGACGGACGGAGCGUGACGGCGCCGUUGGCCGAUGGCACCGCGGCCCACGAGCGGUUGCUGCAGCUCCAAAGCGCCCUGGCCGCGGGCGAGCUCGACCGCCGGGCGCUGCAGGAGGGGCUGGAGGUGGCCCGGCGAGCGCUGGCGGAGGCGCGGGAGGAGAAGGGAGUGCUGCGGGAGCAGCUGCGGGGGCUGCGGGAGGAGCAGGAGGCCCUGCAGCGGAGCAAGGAGGAGCUGGAGGCACAGGUCCAGCAGCAGCAGGAGGCGCUGCGGCAGCGGCAGGAGGAGCACGGGGGGCUGCAGGAGCGGGUGGGCAGCCUGCAGCGUGCCCUGGCCCGCACGCAGGGCGAGAGGCGGGAGGCUGAACGCGUCGCCCUGCGCCUCGAGAAGGACAAGAGCGCCCUGAAAAAGACCCUGGACAAGCACACCCCAGCCCCCCCAUUUCUGUGCCCCCCUCUCCCCCGGCGUGGCGGGGCGGCAGGUGGAGCGGGAGAAGCUGCAGACGCAGGAGGACUCGCUGCGGCUCUCGGCGGAGAAGGGCCGGCUGGAUCGCUCCUUGGGCACGGCCGAGCGGGAGCUGGCGGCGGCGCAGCAGCGCAUCCAGCUGCUGCAGGCGCAGGUGUCGGUGCUGGAGCAGCCGCCCCCGCCGAGCCCGGGGCCGUCGCCGGAGCUGCAGCCGGAGCUCGACCGCCUGCGCGGCGCCCAGCUCCAAGCCCAGCGGGCGCUGGAGGCGCGGGAGCGCACCUACCGCCACCGCGUCCGCGGGCUGGAGGAGCAGAUCGCGCUGCUGAAGGGGCAGGAGCUCCACCGUCCCCCCACCAGCAUUUAAAGCCCCUCCGCACCACCCGCAGAGACCGGCACAACUCAGCUCACUGGGGGAGGACGGGGGGGACGGGAAGCCACCCCCAUGCUCCAAAAAACAAAACCACACUGAUUUUUGUCUCAUCAUUCCCUUUUCUAAAGCAAAAAGCUGCACUUUACCAGCGAGAUGACGACACUCGUGUAUUUUUGAUACAGGUUGGGGCCCAAUGGGUGGUUUUUCCCAUUUUUCUAUUGCAAUUUUUAACAAAAACUUUGGAAAUACUCCUUUUUUUCAGCCCCAGGAGAGCCCUGUCUCAGCACCAGCCGAGCCACCUGAUUUAUUUCCCCCCAAUACACGAUGCACCUCCAGCCCUCACAAGCCCCGACAUUCACCGGAAUCUUAAUUUUUCCCAUUUUUCUAACAAAAAAAAAGCUACUCGAGGUUGGUGGGGUUUGGGUUUUUUUUGCAAAUAGCAGGUUUUUUUUUUUAUAUUGCUGUUUUUGGAGUUUGAGGUUUUUACUGGUGCUACUGGGCAGCCCAAGGCUGGGGGGCUGAGCCAAGCUGAAAAACGCAGGUCGGUCCUGGCACUAUUAAACGUGGAUAAAACCCCAACCUGGCAGCCCAUGAGGUUUUUUUUUUGGGGGGUGGGUGGCGUUUUGGGGAUGCCCAAAUGGGUGUCCAUUAGGAUACCAGGGUUGAGUCAGGUUCCUGAAUAAUAAUAAAAACCCAUAAUAAUAAAGAGUAAUUAAUAAUAAUAAUAAUAUUACCACCACCACCGUGGAGGAGAGCCGCAGGGAUGCAUCGGAGCCAUUAAGCAUCAUCCUUCUGGAGAGCUGCUGCCCUCCCUCUCCUUGUUUAAGCCUUUUUCAGGGGGGUUUAAGCCUUUUUGGGGGGUUGAGCGCCAAGGGCAGGACAAACCCCUCCUGUCCCCGAGGCUGCGAGCAUGGGGAGGGGACGGGGAAGGACGACGGAGAAAACCACACCGCCCCCCCCCCCCCCAGACUCUUUGCUCUCGGCUCCAGGCAGCCCCCAGAGCUGAAACCCCUGAGAAUGGGAGUAAAAUCCCCCAACCCCCAACGCAUCUGCCUGUUUUCUAUAGAACUGGAAAACUGCCCAACAUUAAACACUGCGCUGUAAAAUAAACACCGUGCCCUAGAAUAGCCCUGCACGCCCAUAAGGGACCAUCGACUCCAAUGGGAGCUGCACCUUAUAAAAACCGCACUACGCCCUGUAUAUACCAGAGACAGCCGCGCUAUACAUAAGAAAACUGCAGGCAGGAGAGAGCUAAAUGCUAUAGGACUAUACAGUGUAGGAGACUUGCACCCUAUGUGAGCGCC